CACCACGUGACACCACGAGACACCGCGCGCCGCCCAGCGGAGCAGAGCGGAGCACAGCGCCCCCUAGCGGGAACGGCGGGACGGGCAGAGAGCAGCGAGUUGAUUAACACAAGCCCAACGCUCGAUGCCCGUCGUAAAACAGCCCAGGGCCGCAGAGCCGCUGUGGAUUGAAUGGGACAGGAGAGCACAGAAGUGUGGAUUGAGACACACGGUCUAUGCCGUCAAUGGGGACCAGUACACGGGAGAGUGGCUGGACAACCUGAAACACGGUAAAGGCACCCAGGUCUGGAAGCACAGCGGUGCAAUUUACAGCGGUGACUGGAAGUUUGGGAAGCGGGAUGGGUACGGCUCAUACAGCAUCCCUGACCCCGAGACCAAGGAGUACCUGAAGGUGUACACAGGAUGGUGGAGCAACGACCAACAGUGUGGCAAUGGGACGAUGUUCUACCCCAGCGGGGAGCACUACGAGGGCGAGUGGAGCAACGGGCAGAGAAGUGGCUGGGGCCGGAUGUGCUACAGAGACGGCUCCAUCUACGAGGGGCAGUGGCUGGAUGACCAGCCGGGCGGGCAGGGGAUGCUGUGCCUGCCAAGUAACAAUAGGUACGAAGGAGGUUGGAAGGAUGGAAAGAAACACGGCCCAGGCAAAUUCUACUACUUGGAUAAGGGGCAACUGUUUGAAGGCAUCUGGGUGACAGAUGUACCGAAGUGCGGGACUAUGAUUGACUUCAGCAGAGAUGCAGCUCCUGCCCCUACUCGGUAUCCAAUCCCAAAGAUUGAACUGGCUGAUCCUGAUGGUGUUUUAGCAGAGGCCCAAAAGAUGUUUGCUGACAGCCAAAACGAAUAACUGGAUGCUAAAGGACAAAAGAUGCAAGAUAAGAACAUGAUCUGGGAUACUUGCCUAUUUGAGUCCCAUGUCUGUGCUGCUGUACAUCGUCUUGUGGUCAGCCUCACUUGUCCCCCAGAACUGCCCCUGUUUGCUUCACUGUGCAGGCAGGCUUUGCUUCAGGCCUCCUCCCACCCACUGUUACUUAAAACACAACAAGCAGCAGCAAAUAAAAACCAUCCACACCACCAAAAUACGCUGGUGGAUGCAGUGACUCUUUGCCCAGAUCCUGGCCUAUUCCUCCUGCUGGUCACAAGGUCUGUGGCCGACUGCUGAGAAACAACACGCUGCAGGAUGCUGCGUCAUCAGUUCUGAUUUAAGCUACACUUCAGAGCACCAUGUCUCGUUUACAGCUGUAAAGCUGGUCCCUUUUCACAUUUUCUCAGUUGGAAGAUAACCUACUUUUCUAUUUAAACACUUGGAAAAGAACAACAGAGCACUUAGUGUCAAGAUUUAAACAGUGCUGAUGGGAGGAAAAGCAUUCCGCCAACAUUGUGCUCUUUAUACCUGUGUGAACGGGAAACGUCAUCCUUGUACGACUGCAACGAGUACCUGCACACAUUUCAGAGACCCUCAGAAACACGGCGAGGGGCAGCACAACACAGGCAAAUAGAGGCGGGGGAUGUAGAGAAAAUGAGCAUUUUCAGGCAUCUGGGUAACAAUCAGCAAUAGUUGAGUAUGUUUUAUUUCAUUAUCUGAAGUUGUUUUAUAUCUAAAUAAUUGACAAACAAUAACUGACAUUUAAAAUGCUUGAGGUAAACGUGAAAUACCAUUAGUAUAAAUAAAGAAUAAAAAACAAACGUUAA